UCAAAAUGAAUGGUAGUUCAAGUUUACUUUUUGAGGAUUCAUCUGUGAUUCCUUUUGAAAAGAAUUUGAAGGAUUCAGUAGAAGAGACUCCGAAAGACCUGACAUAUUGAAGAGCUAUUCUGUUGAUCAUAAAAUAUGCCCUCCCUUCAUGCUUUGGAUUGGUGCUUAGGAAGUUGGUAGAUAAUAUAAACUUCUAUUUCAUUGGUAAGAUGGACCAGCCAGAUUAUAUUUCAGGAGCUGGGCUUGCCAUGCUGACUCUUAACAUCACAGUGAUCUCCCUCGGGAUUGGGCUUUCUGGAGGAGUUGAGACAUUAUCUUCCCAAGCAUUUGGGAGUGGAAAGAAUUACCUUGCAGGAUGUUAUUACAACAGAGCUCAAGUAAUCAUGGCUGUAAUGUUCAUAUUUCAGGCAAUUAUUCUUUUCUUUUCAGAAGAUCUCCUCGUCCUAUGAGGUCAACCAAAAAUGGCUGCAAAAAUAGCAGGAGACUUUAUUAUUAAGAUGAUCCCAGGAGUUUGGAUUGUGUGCCAGACUGAACUUCUACGAAGAUUUUUAACUUCUCAGGGUGUCCUUUACAUAGUGGUAAAUUCCCAGAUAUUAUCCUGAAUUUUGCACACCAUAUGGUUAUACCUCUUCAUUGAUGUCUAUGGGUUUGGCCUUGAUGGGGUAGUGUAUGCUACAACUAUAACUUAUGUUUUAAGUUUUAUCCUUCCUGUUUUGUACAUAACUUUCUAUAAAGAAGUCCUCAAGCCACAGAGUUGGCAUUGUAUUAAUGGUGAUUCUUUCACUGGCUUAUUGGAGUAUCUUGAGUUUGGAGUCCCAUCAAUGAUUAUGCUAUUACUCGAGGUUUGGGGGUUUGAAGUUCUCACUCUUAUAGCAGGUACUCUUGGAGAGAAUGAACUUGGUGCAAGCAUUAUUUGUGUUACUUUCGACGCCCUCAUCUACCAAAUUGCUCUAGGAAUGUCAAUUGCACUCUCAAGUUUAAUUGGAAAUAACCUUGGAUCUGGAAGAAUCCGAAAUUCCCAAAUCUUCAUCAAUUUGGCAACAUGUAUGCCCAUAAUUUUCUUUGUAAUUGUGGCUUAUUUCUACAUUUUCCAAGGAGAAGCGAUUGCGAGAUUAUUUACCGAAGACCAGACAUUGAUCGAUCUAAUAGUAUCCACAUUUCCGAUAUUCGUACUGCACUUAUUAGGGGAUUACAUCCAAACAUGUCAUAUUGGAUCGAUCAAAGCAAUGGGAUACCAGAAAUAUGCGACUGUGGUGUGCUUGCUAAGCUUCUGGCUGGUCUCAUUCCCUCUAACAUAUGUAUUCACCUAUAUAAUGGACUUAAGGCUUACAGGGGUUUUCUUAGGAAUUGCCGUAGGAUACACUGUACAUGCAGCUGUGUUCUUGAUUUUAAUCUAUACUACAAACAUGAAGAAGCUUUCUGUGAAGAUCCAGAAGAGGCUCGAAUGCUCUAACCGAGCACUGAAUGCUAAUGGACUCAGAAACGUAGUGGAGUUUUCUGAAAUGUCUGAUCUGUUAAAUUCUAGUUAAAAC